UUAACGAAAUAACUAGCGAUAUCUGUCCGGAAAUCAAACCAGGACAGGAUGAUUUACCAGGUUUCGAUUUUAUUCGAACUUACGGGUUGGAUGAGAAACGAAGAGAAUUCGUUGGUGUUAAGAAAGUUAAGGGGUCUGACACUAUGCAAACUGCCUAUAGACUAUCUAAAAAAGCCGACCUUACCUUACCUACCAGAUCUAUAUUCCCUUUGGGACUACCGGAAGAGUUCUCUUUUCUUUCAACUUUUCGGAAAAGAAACGGUAGAAAGGAACCAUGGUCCCUGAUACGCAUCAAUGAUCUCCUAGGAAAACAACAGUUCGAAAUUUCUAUAAAUCCUAGAAAAGAACACAUAGAUUUAAGCAUUCUAGACUUCGAAGGGAAGCUACAAACUACCCGAUUUUCCGGAGUAUCGAUUAAAGAUAAAGGAUGGCACAAAUUAGAUCUGAGCGUUUAUCAGGAUCGAGUGACUUUGUAUAUAGAUUGUAAACGUCAGUCGACUUUACCAUUAGAUCCACGAGGGCCCAUUGAUGUCAAUGGUAACAUCAUGAUUGCCAAAUAUAUUCCAAGUGACGUUACUGUUGCUAUCGAUUUGCAAUGGUUAGUGAUGAACUGUGAUCCAACGAGACCAGAAAGAGAGACUUGUAAUGAGUUGCAGCCCCUCAAAGCUAGACCGGCUGAAGAACAGAAGUGUCAAAUAUGCCCCGCUGGAGCACCGGGAUUCAAUGGCACUCAAGGUCCUGCAGGUCCCCCUGGUCCUCCAGGACCAGCAGGAGAAACAGGAUUUCCGGGCUAUCCAGGAACACAAGGACAGAAGGGUGAACCUGGAACACGUGGUGUGCCAGGUUUAGCAGGCCCGCCGGGACCAGAAGGAUCUCCUGGAGCUCUUGGACUACCGGGUCCUCCGGGUGAAAAAGGAGAGAACGGUUUACCUGGAACUCCUGGACCACCCGGAAUAAAAGGCGAAAAAGGUGAUAUUGGCCCAAUAGGUACACCAGGAUCGCAGGGUCCUCCAGGAUUAAUAGGGCCACCGGGACCUCCAGGCUCUUCAAAUGGGAUUGAUGGAAGCGGUCCACCAGGACCACCUGGAAGAGAUGGUUUACCUGGAAUUCCAGGACCACCCGGGCCUCAAGGACCUCCCGGACAAGAAGGAAAUCCCGGGAAAAAGGGUGAUACAGGUGAAAGAGGCCCACCCGGUAUACUAGGUAAACGAGGACCGCAGGGUGAAAGAGGAUUUCCUGGUGCAACAGGUAGGCCAGGUCCGCCUGGCCCACCGGGCAUUACAGGAGCAACAGGACCCCCUGGAUUGCCAGGUGAAAGAGGUGCAAUGGGUGAAAGAGGGCCACCGGGAUUACCAGGAGCUUCUGGAUUACCAGGACCUCCAGGCGCUCCCGGUAUAGCGGGGAAUCCCGGUAAUAGAGGACAACCAGGAAUGCCAGGUUUGCCAGGACCUCCGGGAAGGAGUUUUAACGAAGAAGAAAUGAGAGAUAUAUGUGCUUCUGUUUUAAGAGAUCAAUUAGCAGAAUUAUCAUUGAAGCUGAGAGGUCCACCAGGACCUCCAGGAAGAGGAAAACCAGGUCGACCUGGUCCACCAGGUCCUCAAGGCCCACCAGGUGAUCCAGGAACGGCAGGACUACCAGGCGAGAGAGGUUUCAUGGGCAUGCCAGGAAUACCUGGCCCACCAGGAAUGCCAGGACCUAAAGGAGAGAAAGGAGAAAGAGGCGACAGAGGACCGGAAGGUAUUGGUAGUGAAGGGCCAAUGGGUCUAAGAGGUCUUCCAGGACCACCAGGACCACCGGGCAUAGGAUUUACGGGUCGUCCAGGUGAACGAGGACCACCAGGAAGACAAGGACUUGCAGGAACGCGUGGUUUACCGGGACCUCAGGGUCCACCCGGUUAUUGUGAACUGUGUAGUUAUCCGGGAGCAGAUCUAUUAAGUGCCAUUCAGAAUCAGGACAGUAAAGGUCCUGGUCCUCCAGGUCCUCCCGGUCCAAUAGGAGCACCAGGAGCUAGGGGUGAGAAAGGUUCUAAAGGUCAGCAGGGAGCGAGAGGCCUCAAAGGAGAAGCAGGAGAAGUAGGAGAUAAGGGAGAAACCGGAGUAUCAGGAAGGGAUGGACAGAAGGGGGCUCGAGGUAUACCAGGAAAAAGAGGAGAGCCCGGAGCUAAAGGAGAACAGGGAUUCAUAGGAGCUCCUGGUUUAAGAGGAGAACCUGGGAUUAUAGGAUUGCCAGGCCCGACAGGUUUGACGGGAAAACCCGGUAUCCCUGGAUUUAAAGGAGACAAAGGAGAUGCGGGAGAACCAGGUAAACCAGGAAACGUGGCAAGAGCGGGAGAUCCAAUAAUUACAUCCGGCCCUCCAGGCCCUCCAGGCCCUCCGGGCGAUUCCGGAAGGGAUGGUUUUAAGGGCGAAGCUGGAUCACCUGGACCUCCCGGCCCACCAGGACCACCUGGACUUCCCGGACUAUCAGGAUCUACUGGUCCUCAAGGAGAUGAAGGUGCAAUGGGACCCAAAGGUGAAAAAGGAGAUGUCGGACCAAGAGGCCCCGAAGGACAAAUUGGUUCAAUCGGACAAAUAGGGCCCAUGGGACCUCCUGGACCACCAGGAGCAAAAAUACGAACAAGAUAUCCUUCAGCCGCUCCUUCCAACUCUUUGCCUUCUUCGUCUACCAGAGCAGGAACAACUCCAAAAAAGGGAAAAGGAGAAAGUGGUGUAAAUAGUGGAUAUCAAAUAGAUGACAGUAUUUUAGGAUUUCGUGGUCCACAGGGCAUUACAGGAGCAACAGGACCCCCUGGAUUGCCAGGUGAAAGAGGUGCAAUGGGUGAAAGAGGGCCACCGGGAUUACCAGGAGCUUCUGGAUUACCAGGACCUCCAGGCGCUCCCGGUAUAGCGGGGAAUCCCGGUAAUAGAGGACAACCAGGAAUGCCAGGUUUGCCAGGACCUCCGGUACAUAAUUAAUUAAGUUUUAGAUAAAUAAAUAAACUG